AUGCAUUUCCGUGUAGCGUCUACAAGAAAUAAGGAAUGCGGUGUGACGCCCAACGAAACCUGUUGUCUUUCGCCUUUGUCCCUGGCGAUCUCCACGGUCCGAGGAGGUGGAAGUUGGCGGAGGCACCUGAGGCAGCUUGAACUUCUACUCCUGGCCUACAAUGAAAGUCCGCUUCGCCUGUCACGCAACACCGCGGCAAGCGAAAGUGGUUGUCGUCAUCGCGACAUGCGGAAUAACUGUCGCCACCCAGCGAGCGGCAGCGCAAUGUCUUUGAUCAGGCACCCACCGCAACGAAAUGGCCCAUUCACGCUUACAUAUGAAGAUGGUAAUCGAUCAAACAGACGCUGUCGCCAAAAGGACUCAACACAAGUCUCCUCCCACCCUUUCACGCCGACAGCCAAGGACUGCAGUCGAUUCCAAUUUUCCGCCCUGUCCAGUUUUUCCUCACCUAUCUCUCCUUCCUUGUGGGAUGGGGAGUGUCCGGCGGUCUACAAGGGUGGCGCGUGUUUGUGUCCGGUAGCGGCCAAACACCCGAAGAAGCAGGAGAAGCAGCGGCAUCGCCAGCAACAGCUUCUGUUUCUGCUGCAGCCACGCGAGGAGACCAUAAAAUUUUGUCUGAAAAAAAUAGGUACAGCGAGGCAGAUAUUUUUGGAGAAAUUUUGCCUACUCUCUCUCUCUCUCUCUCGCUCCGUCUGCUUCUUCUGGUUUAUGAACGCAGUCGCCUCGCGUGCAACACACGGAGAGGUGUCCGAUGGUGGUCUGGGCGUUGAUUUGAGGCUCUGUCCGGCCAAGGGCAAAUUCAAGCAGCCACGCGAUGUGACAAUAAAGCAUGUCUUCCCGUCUGAAAAUCAAACUCUUUCCACUGUCCUCGAGUUAAUUCGCAGGUCUCCACUCUCUCUGGAGGAAGCCAACGUUUCAGUGGAUGUGGCCUCAUUCCCGGACCCUGAGGUCCUCUUUGUGAACAGUGGUCUCCACUUGAACGAAAAGUUCCCCCAAAACCGACCAAACACCUGA